GAAACAGCUGGAGGAAUAAGUUAGGUACUCAUUUUUUUUUCUUUUUUUUCAAGUCAGACACAGACACAGCUGUUGAGCAAAAUGCAGACUCCCCAGAAAAGCCCAAGCCUCAGACCCUUCAAGCAGAGGAAGAGCUUAGCAACCAGAAGAGAGGAAGUGGCUGGAAUCCGGGUGAAGUUCCCUGGCAAGAUCCCGGUGAUAGUGGAGCGCUACCCCAGGGAGAAAUUCCUGCCCCUGCUGGACAAGACCAAGUUCCUGGUCCCCCAGGAGCUGACCAUGACCCAGUUCCUCAGCAUCAUCCGAUCCCCCUCCACUUUCCAUGCACUCCCUGUUCUUCAUCCCAGUCAUCUUGAUCUUUCCAUGAAGGCAUUGAAACCUACUGAUCUGAAGCACCCAUUAGGUAUCAGGCACUGUGGGUUUCCACACAGAGAACAAUGACCGAAACAGACAAAACCUCCUGCCUUGAACAUCUUCCAAACUGGGGACUCCUCAGCCUUUCAUGCAGUGAGAGCCUGGUGGAAGAGGAAAGGAGACGGAGGUGCAGUUUGGGGACACAAGAGCCCCACCUUCAGCUUCACCAUUUCUGUGCAGAAGAGAAAUUGCCCACCCCGUGGGAGCAGUGUAACCGUCAGGGCUCAGUCUUUGGAUUAUCCAGUGUUGUUUAACCAGGUUCUGAAACGGUUUCCUCUCCCGCUCACCGCAUAGACUUAGCCGAGAUGGGAAUGCACUGGCUGUGCCUCUCAUGUUUGGGUGGAGGGUGGUGAGCCAUCACCAACAGAUUCAGCUUGCUCUGCUGUCAGAAGAGUUCGGAACCCCUGUGAAGUCCAGCCAGACGUGGCUGCACCUGCAUCUUUAGCCCCGGGAGAGGAAUUUUAAACUUUUGUAUAGUAAUUCCCUUCCAGAUGUCAUUCCAAGGCUGCGUAAUUAACCUGUUAAAACACACAGCAUUAGGUGUUUUCUUUGCAUCACUCAGGAAAUUCUUUAGUUUAAAUUUGGAGCCAACAGAGGCAUACUUGCUUAGCAUUUUUGAACUGAGAAUAUUUUUUUUCUCAGUUUUUACC